AUGGCAAGACUGAAUACUCAAACUUCCGUUACGGAACGCCAAAGAAGUUCAUCACCACAGCGCACAGGAUAUAACACGCGCUCUGCCCCUACCACGACCGCCCCAUACUUGAUAGCACCAGAUGUUACCACAGCUCUGCAACGAAUCCGCGGCGAAUCCGGUAAUGCAACCACCAAGAGGAAGCGUGGUCGGCCACCUCGGGACAAGGGUGAAGUUCAGCCAAACAAAAAAGGCAAACUCUCAUGCGCACUCAUCAAUGACUCCGCAAGUGCCUCCCAAACUUCGAGGCAUACGCCAUUAUAUGAGGACCGCAGCGGAUCGAGCCCGGUGAGGGAACAUACUAAUCCCGCGAAUGAAGCGGGCGCCGGCACUGAUCAAGAGAGCGCUAGUUUUCAUCAACAGACUGAGAGGGAUAAUGUUAAAGGUAGAGAGCAAAACGGUGAAGCAAGCAAUAAAGAGCUUGUAGAAGGCUGUGGGGAAGCUGUGGAGAUUGGUGAAGAGAUUGACUGCAAAGACGCGGAUGAUAAAGAUCAGGAUUUGGAGGGAGAUAAUGAACAAGCUUCCACAAACAUGAGUGUGGAAUACGGUCGAGGACGUCUACCUGACUUGGAGGUUGAUUCUGAACCUGACUUGUCAGGCCUUCUACCAAGUCCAGCACAAGGAGGUCCCUCAUCUCCACCAGCUUUUCUGUCUCCCAAUGCCCGCUUGGAACCACUUCAUCCGCGAGUCUCAUCUACAGAUGCAGAAGCGAAUCCUUCGCCCCGCAAGCCGAUUACGCGCAUUCCAGAAACAAUAUUGACCACUGAUAACGGCAAGCCUCAAACAGACACCGAGCGCAUUAAAAAUCAGGUGCUGGUGCCACAGAAGAUUCAAGCACCAGAGACUUCCGUGCCAGGCUCCCAAAGCCACUGUCGAGAAAAGCCGUCCCAGGAGAUCGAAAAGACGGAAGUUUCGGCCAGCGACAUGCCAAUCGAACUGGAUGGGGCGAACGAUGCCAUCUCGGAUACAGCCAAACAGGGAACAGGCUAUGACUCUAGCCUGGCAGUGUCUGCCGACAUACGGAAAGCAGCACUGUCGACUCUCCGACCAGGCGCAAUGGUUUCGUCAACAGCGAUGGUAGAAGUUUGGAACUGUGUGAGAUCGGAGGGUGACUUUGUUUUUGAUCCAUUGUUCUUCAGUGACGACUCCGUGAAGAGGUACACCCUUAGGCACAAGGCUAUGGGUACCAAGGGAAAUAUUUUUGUACCCAUCCAUUCCUCGAAGCGGAACCAUUGGUAUCUAGCCGUCAUAGCUACACAGAGUUCUUCGAUCUCUGUGUACGACUCAUUGGCUAGUGACAACAAAAGUAUAUCCGUCGACUCGGGGCCACUCAUUACGUUGGCGGCAAGCUUGGUUCCCGAGCGAACAGACUGGAGCGUUCGCAUGGCAGAUUGUCCCCAGCAACCCAACGGUCACGACUGCGGCAUAUAUGUUAUAGCCAACACCUGCUGCUUAAUGGCGCAACUUCCUCUACCGGAGAAAUAUGAUGGCGACGCCUGGAGGUUAGUGUGUCAAUGUCUCUUUCAGGGCUCCAGAGACAACAUCGCCUUCGCACAAUUGUCAAGUCUUCAGUACAAAGGCACGGGCAUCAAUUCGAUAACAUGCUCUCUGAAGGCGGACAGCUUGGACGAUGUAAUCCCUUACGUUUCGCAAGAGGCUUUCCAGAACGCAAAGCUAUGUAUCGAUACCAUGCAAACGCAACAGAAGGAUCCACAGUCUUCUUUUGCUUUGAUCCGCAACAUUCUAUCUGUAAUUCGGACUUUGCACCAGAACGCUUGUCGACACAGCGAUUCCCUGGGGGACCAAAUCCAAAGGGAGGCAAUUGGGCUGGAGAAUCAUCUCAAAAUGUUAGAGGAAUACUCCUCUUUCGUGUCUGUAUCCGUCGAGCCCCAAGACUUCUCGCCCGAGACACAGACCGCGCUUUCUUACAUACAUACGGCGCACCAAACAUUAACGAAGAAACACGCGAAAUCCGGAACAAGCCUCGAGACUUCGGAGAGAAACAAGGCGCGGAUGGGAAUUGCAAUCUCGAUGCUCCAGGAAAUGGAAACGAUCCUGUGUACGCAAGCAAAGAGCAAAGAACAAAACCUCCGUUCACGCAUCGGGAGUUGGCGAGAAGGAUUUGAUACGGCGAGACGGAACCUGGAACAGCUUCUAGCAGGGGCUUUUAAGUAA